CCGCUGCUUCUUUUGAUCUCUAGCUCUCUCCAAAGAUGCAUGCGUUGCUUGAUUUCGGGAUUUGGGGAAGUUCCAAUUCAAUCGAUUGAAAAAGGCUCAGCCUUUUUUGAUUUUGGAAGAAUUGGUGGUGGGAUCUAUCAUCUAUGGAUCGGAAACGUUGAGAUUGAUUUGCAGAGAGACGUUUCUGGGUUUGAUUGAUCUGUGCCUAUAUUGUCAAGUUUGGUGUUCUUUGAGCUCUGAUGACGAGUAGUGUUCAAGGAGAGACAAUGGAUCUUGAUUUGAAUCAAGAGCCAUCUUCUGAUUCCGAGUCUCCGGGUGGUUUGAUGACGGAGCUUUCUCCAUGGUUAAAUGAGCUUGAAUCUGCUCAAGAGCGGAUUCAAGAACGCAUAAGACAGCUUGAAGCAAUAGUUUCAAGAAUCAGGGAACGAGAAAUAACUACAACUACAACACCGGCUUUGGUGUCGCUUAACGAACAUAGAGAUUCAACUGCAGGAGUUAUACAUGAGCGUUCUCGUGAGAGAUUGGUCGAAAACGGCGAAAACAAGACUUAUUUGAUAGCAAAGGCAUUGAACAUGGAGAAAACAAGUUCUGUUCCUGGUGGGUUCUUUGACUGCAACAUAUGUUUAGAGAAAGCUGAAGAUCCGAUUUUGACUUGUUGUGGUCAUUUGUUCUGCUGGGGUUGCUUCUAUCAGUUGCCUUUGAUUUAUUUAAACAUAAAGGAAUGUCCUGUUUGCGAUGGGGAAGUGACUGACACCGAGGUGAUCCCGAUAUAUGGUAAUGGAGAUGAUUGUGAUGGUACUAAACCCAAGUUAGAAACUUGUGGUAUUAGUCUACCUCCAAGGCCUAAUGCUAAAAGAGUGGAAAGUGUUCGUCAAAAGAUCAUAAACCGGGCGAUUCCGUUCCCUGGGCACGACGAAACAAUCGAACAUAUUAGAAGAACUAUUGAUUCCAUAGGACUACAAGCAUUAGCUCAAGGCGAUGAGUUUGGUUUGACAAACAUAAUAAACAAUGGUGGGCAACAACAACAACAUCAUCAUCAUCCGCCUUUUGGACCUUUGAGGUUAAUGACACCAUAUGCUGCUUUCCCAGGUCUUGUAGUUGAUACCUCAGACAUACCGCCUUUUGAUGAUGAUGCUUUCGAUGUUGAUAGUUUUGUUGACACAACUAGUUUGAGAAGAAACCGUCGAAGACCUUCACCAGCCGUACGAGCUUCUUAUCAGAGAAACCGAACUAACAAUGCUUCUCAGACGAUUUCGUUCAGGCUCGGUUCUUCAGCUUCAUCAGCACCUAGAGAGUUUGCUGUUCCGAGCUCCUCCAUUACGACGAGAAGCCAAACUGUAAAUCCUACUGAAGUGGUUACUUCGGGUACAUCCGCUUCAUCGUCUAGGAGAAGAACAGAAGAUGUAAACAAUGGACCUCGGACCAGGUCUAGAAGGAGGCUGAGCUUGCUCUCUAAUGGCGUUUCCUCACCGGUGGUUUUUCUCUGGCGUCUCCUUCACCUGAUUCCUCCCUCUCGAGUUUCUUCUCAGCAAUUACCGGACUUUUUCCGGGUUCCUUUCCGGGUUGUUUUUUCCGGUGAGCUUUUUCUCCUUCUUUGGUGUGAAAUGACUGGAUCUCCUUUGAUAGUCAACUUGCGUUCUUCUCCUCCACUUUCGACGUCUAUGUGUGCUUCUCUGGUGCUGAAGCUUCCUCCGUUGCGGUUGCCGGAUCCCCUUUCACCACCGAACCCACCGGAGCCUCCGGACCCUCCAGAUAGUUGGCCAAGGGUACAAGAGGAUAAGCUCCCCAAUCCGCCUCGUUCUCAGAUCUCAGAUCUGCGUCCCACGUUCUCUUUGACAGUUACUUUGGUGUCUUCUGGUGGUACUCCACCCCUUACUGCAAUAUGCAGGCUCUUUUCCGGUCUCUAUCCGGCAUACACUCUUACCAGGUUUGUUUCUGGUUUUGCGUUCUAUUUUCCUACAGUUUCUAGGAUCGGUUGGUUAGAUAGUGGAUUCACAAGUCUCAUUAGUUGGAAGUGUGUUCCUUGUUUGGUCACAUUUGCCUAUAUGAAAGCUUGGUUAGUCUACAAGGCUCUCGUGUCUCACUUGCCUUGGUUGUGCGUUGACCAUCUGUGUCAUGUUUACUCCUUUAUGGAGCAGUUUGUGGUUCUACUUUUUCCCCCUUGUGGUGGAUUUAAGUGUAAUGUAGGGACGAAGAUCUUCUCCGGUGUUGCUAGGUGGCUCACUCUCUCAUCUCCCCGUGGCAUGGGUUGGUGUUUCUCCGACGCUUCUGAAGUUCCCCUUUUCGACGGUGUCCGUCGCUGUUAUGUCUUCCUCGCAACUCUAGUUGAAGGAAUUGACUUGAAGGCCUCCUUGGUAGCAAAGGAAGGUUCUGUUUUUGAUGCGUUUAACUCGGACUUAUCCUCCGGUGCUUCCCUCCCCGGUUGCCGAUGUGUGUACGCUUCUUCGGUUGAGUUUGCGAACUCCCAUUUAUCUCUCUGUUUCUGUUUGAACUAUGGUUGUAGUUUUAGUUUUCUCAUUUGCUUGACCAUGUUGUGGGUCACAGAAUUUGCUUGUUUGGCUCCUAGUAGCCUUUUGUAUCCUCCUUCUUUGGAGAACUCUUGAUUAAUUUCUAAUGAAAUCUCCUUAUGACA